AUGAAGAGCAUGGGUGCUCAAAUUAAAAACUCUUAUGGAGAGUUGUCUAAGAACAGAAUAGUGCAUAAAUUGUUGAUAAGUCUUACUAAGACUUAUGACCCUUUUUGCACGGUCAUUGAACAGACCAAGGAUAUGGAUGCAAUAGAAGUGCAAGAAGUUGUGGCAACUCUGAAAGCGUUCGAGCAAAGGUUUGAGAGGCAUUAUGAAAAUACUGUUGAGAAGGCGUUUGCUAGUAUGAGUGUGAAGAGAGCUAGUUCCUCUCCUCUUCAGGUAGUGGUCAGUCCAAGAAGAAUUGGAAGACUAACCGAAAGAAGUGGGAGGAUAAACUCAAUUCGAGUGGAAAGCAAAACUGGAAGAAUAAAAACUGGAGGAGUGAUCAGUCUAACAAGAAUGAUUAGAACAAAGGAACCUGUAAGCACGGAGCUUGAAGUGCAAGGUGAAGAUGGGAACAUGAGAAUUAGUUCAAGCUUCGGGAAAUGGGACAAGUGUAAUUAA